GGGGUGUGCAUGGAGCAGCACAACCAAAACAGGACACAGCUCAGCUGUAUGCUGGAUCAAUAAACAGUAGAUGAGUUCAGACUUCAGGCGAUGGAGUGGAAACCUUAUUAUUAAGAUGCAUUGGCCGAUCUGACUGCAUACUGAGUCCUGAGUUUGGAAUUUCGAAGAACUGACAUUACAAGGAUAAAGUCUCUCCAAUCUUUGGAAACCUACAGAAACUUGGACUAAUGCAAACUUGAAGCUGGAUUGCAUUAAUAUUCAGACGGACAAAAUGAUGCGAAAAGCAGUGUCCCUUCCUUGACUUUUCAGACCUUUAAGUGAGCCAAACAAGGGAUGGGGAGGCGAGCGGCUGACCUGACGACGCCGGUUCCGGUGUUGGGUGUCCCCGCCUCUGUAGGGGUGCGGAGUUGGAAGACAACAGGAGGAGACAGAAGCGGAGGAGUUCUGCUGCAGACUUGGGGACAAUGCAGCAUCGGCAUUCAGACGUCUCCUGGGAUUAGCAGACCACUUGUUCAGCUACCUGCUAGCGUCUCAAACAAUGUUACUCAAACAUCUAACACAUAUACCACCAAGGAAACCAGGGCUAUAUUGCUUCAUGUAAAGAAUGACAGUGAGAAAAGGGCUAUUUUAAGGCAGAAAACUGAGGAAACCAAGAUCAAAAAGGAAGUGACUUUCAAACCAAUUGGAGGUGUCGACUCAAAGGAUGUUGCCGGCUGUCAGAAAAGAAGUGGUGGGACGUAUUGCUACGCCAGGGCAAUUAAAACCAAUCCCCUCACUGCAGGCACCACCAGCAGUGGCAGAUCCAGAUUGAAGUCUUCCACCCGUUACAUCAACGGAAGCGUAGUGGAUUCUGAGGCAAUCGGCGGGAUCAUUGAAGUCAAGGAUGACGCAGAGCCCUCAAAGGCAGUGAAAUCUAAUGGAACGGUCUCGCACCAUCCGUGCGCAGACCUGUCAAAAAAUACGUGCAACCACAGUGGCGGGAAGCAGUCUGUAAUAUCCAGAGGCGCCGUCCCGGGGGAGACCAGCCCCGUUUCCGAAGCUGUCUUUGGGGAGAAGGCAUCAAAGCCAGCCCUCACAUCUCUGUUUACUGCCACACAUUUACAACUUCCUCAUACUCUGAAACAAAACCAGCUAAACUCUCAGAGCAGUGGAGUAAAAAACACACAGAUUGCAAGUAACCCACACUUGUAUUAUCUUAAUGAAGAGAUAACAUAUAGACGAACACCCCACCCUGCAUGUCCAGUACAUUCGAGAGUUGGUCCAGGAACUCUGUAUCAUACACAUGCUUCAAGCGACGUGACAUCCAUCCAACCGGAAGCCAUUCUCCAUACUAAAACUGUUACAGUUGCUAAAGCAAGAAUUGAAAGCAGGCAGGAGAAUUCCACUAUAAACUUUUUUGCGAAACCCAACCAGAACAAUAAAAUUUCCCUCCUUUCAAGUUUUUACUCGACACCUCAAACGGCCACGGCAACCAAAACUUUUCAAACUUCCCCUAAGCGCCUCAAGACAUCGCCUCACCAUUCCCCACAAGAUAAUAUUACUCAAAAUGUAUGUGUCUCUGUGCAUGCUGUGCCCGAGUGCCCACCGUUAUCUUUGUACACUGUAGCCAUGGGAACUCAAAGAACAUCCUGUCCAGUUGCACAGGCAACUUUUAAUUUGGAGAGGAUGUGUCCGCAUAGUAAUGCCAGUCCAGCGCCAGAAGCCUUGCAUUCAACACAAAAAGCGGAAAUUCUUGGAUCAGACCCUUCUUCACAUCUCACAAUGGAAAGCUCCCCAUCUGAUUUAGAGAAAUGCCAGGAAAAGCUCCCUUCAAGAGCUGCCGACGUAUCGUCAACUAAACUAUCUCUCGUUGACAAUGCAGCUCAAUUCCCUGCGUCUGCUAAUCCGCUUCAGAAACCUGCACCGCAUUCACUCCUAAGUGCCGCCGUCCCGAAGAUCACUUUGAAUUAUAAAGUUAAUCCAGAUCAAAUUACAUGUAGAGCCAGCACAGACAAAGCUGUGGCUCCGCAAAUCCACUCGGUUCAGCCUAACUGCUCAGACUCUGGAACUGCGCUGCAUACUUCUGCAUCCUCUGCAUGUACAAUAACUAGUGAUUCCAAGUCUCCAGAAGCAAAAGGCGAGUCGCACGCAGCUCUCUUGAACUCCAUUGCUGGUCGUUGCACAGUCUAUAAAAAUACGACCGUCAACACCGAGGUGAAACAAGUCACAUCCCUGAACAGUUCUCUGCCAUCUCUGGGCAGAGAAAGACGAGAUAAUGUUGCUGCGUCCGGUACAUGUUUGCUUCAGUUAACAGACCCAACUGAGGCACUAAGCAACAGUGAUGCGCACGACAAAAACAAAGCUCAUCGCACACAAGCACCAGACAUCGGCAGUCAAAACAGUAAUAAACCUCGUGUUUGGGGUGUCGUUACCAACCAGCAGAGCAACUCCAUAGCAACUCCGCUCGUCAAGUUGCCAAAUAUGUUAGAAACCGCUGAGGAAGGAAGUGAAACUAAAAGCCACCACACUAAUCCAACCAUCAGCGCCAUUGUGGAAUUGCAAUGUAAUAAAAACAAAUGUAGCGACCAUGCUGUCAAUGAAGUAGUGGUGCACAAGUCUGCAGAGCAUAAGAAUUCACGGGUCACUAACCCUCAGAAUUGCUUUUCCCCAAUUAAGUCAAGCACCUUUCUUCCACAGGGUUGUCUGGACAGAGAAAAACAAAGACUUAAACAUUAUAAAGAAUGCACACAAGCAGACUAUGAGGGACACAAUGCAGCAAGUCCACUGGGACAAGCAGCCAAGCACCCCGAUUCAAAUGCACAAGUGUUUGCCUUGGGUGCAGCAGCCAGCCGUGCAAAUAGUACGUUUGAAUCCAAUGCAGAUGGGCAGAAGCAUCUCGGUUAUUCAUCUCCCCCAGUCGCAACACAAACUAACUGUGAACCCAAUAUCUCGCAAACAAACACAGAGGUGAGACACAUCACCCAGUCUGGUGACUGCCAAAAUUCCAAUUUCGAUAUUACAUUACGAAGGCAACCACACACAAGUCCAGAAAGUUCUGUCAGCGUGCCAGCAUCAUUCACCGACGAAGGAGGGCUCUCAGCACACACAGGCCCUGAACGGGAGUUCGACCUACAGCCGUCUGCAAUGCUCUCUAAAUCGAGUUUCCCCCUCCGGUCCAGAGAGGUGGAGGGAAUAAGCAGGCCAGAUUUAAAGUUUAGCCCCACUGCUCCUCAGUCGGGCCCUGAGGGCACCGGGCUGUCUCACUCCCACCCGUCCGAUGCAGCACUGCUGUUGCCGCCUUCCCCACAGUGCUGCAGAUCUGCAGGCCUGGAGCAGAGGCUCAAGACUGUGGAGGCCAGCCUGGCGGCCAACAAGGACAGGAUCACCACCCUGCUUAACAUCAUUCAGGACCUGGAGACAUGCAAUGCUCCCAACAGCCUUCGGAGAUAUCAUAAAAGUGGACUCGACCUGAGAAACUGCUCGACCUGCCAGAAGACUGCUUGUAUUGUGUACAGUGUUGAGUAUGACUUCAGGCAGCAGGAGCGACACUUCUUGGAGGUUCUGAAUCACUCACCGGGUGACAGCAACAGUUUCCCCGCGCAUCUGGCGGAGCCUUUGAACCUCCGCCUCCUCCGAAACGCAAUCUCCAGGAACCUCACAAAGACAAAGUUGAAGAGCAAAAAACUGUGUAAGACUCUGCUCAAGUGGAUUCCAAGAAAAAAAUCAUCCACUGUAGAUCUCUGUGUUACCAGCAUGUGACCAGCAUGCAAGAGUCCACCCUGAACUACGGUUUGGAAUAAUCUUAAUAAAAACUAACCACAAAACUGGCAGCUACCCAUUACUAAGAGACAGUAGGUCAUUGGGUUAUCAUUUAAUCAACCAGUACUAGGGUACCACUGGCUAUGAUACUGUAACAUAGUUUUUUGUUUUAGUUUUUUUUUUUUUUUUUUAGAAGUUUUCUUAACAAGACAAGUUUAAAGGUAAAACAGAAAAAAAGUGGAAUUUUGCAGAAUGCUAUCAAAGGUUGUUCUAAAAGCUGCUGCACUGGGCUAUUCAGAGCAGACAUACAAGUUUUCAAAUCACUUUAAAUUCAAAUUCUGCCUUAUUGCAGCAACAACCUUCAGUGCAUAAUAUUUGGAUUUUAUGUGACAGAGCAAGAUAAAGUUCAGCAUUAUAUAUAAAAAAAAAUUAACCUAAACCAAGUUUAACCCAAACAAGUGCAUUUGUGUACAACCCAUUACUCUCCAAACCCACAACAAAGUCUAUAGCAACAAAACUUCAGCAAUCACCUAAGUAAUAAAUUACACCUAAAAUGCAUGAAAUUUAAUCUCAGUAGAAAUAAACUGUUCCGGGACAAAACGGCAUACAAAUAAUGUUGAAAACCUGUUGAAAGCUUGGCUGUGUAAAUGAGGUCAUCACUCUACAUAAUGUUUCCACUCAUGUCUUAGAAUGUCUUUGUGGAACCAUUAGCAGCCUUUGACCAGAACCUCAGACUUUGAGAUGAUGUGUCUUUCUGGUGCAGAGCAACAUAUCCCACAGGAUACUGUGUAUUGAUCUCAAAAUUGAAAGCGUACGGCAGAACAAGCUGACCAAACAUCGUUAUGGCUUAACAGACAGAGCGGUCCAAGAGAGUACUGUGGUUGUUUUUUUUGUUUUUUUUUGUUCUCAAUGUAUCCCUGGUUGAUGCAUGCUGUCAUCACAUACAACUGAAACCAGAAGCUUAGAAAAACAAAAUGUAAAAAAAAAAAUUAAUAAGAGAAAACACCAUUUCCCACCGUCUGAACUUAAGUCAGAAAAAAUAUUCUCUUUCUUUCGGUCAGUUAGAAUUAUUAAAAUUAUUCACAUUUGCUUAUUGAGACAUUGAGAUAAUAAGAGAAGCAAUAUGUCAGGGAUGGAAUUUUUUAUGUAUUCAAAGGAAAUCAGAAAUUCAGAUAGAUUUCCUCAGUAUUUUGUGGUGUUACCUCUGAAGUGUAUGACUUUGGUCAAGUGUUUUGGGGAUGUUUCCCACGAGCUUCUCGUAACAGUUUGCUGGGAGUCUGGUUGAUUCCUCCUGACAGAACAGGUGGAACUGGGAAAGACUGGUUUUCUCCAAAAGCUUUUCAAAAGUGGCUGAAGGAUUUCUUUGUUUUGCUUUUCAGUGUAAAUAUUUAAAUAUGCCUGGUGGUAUUUGAUGACUAACCACAAUCCCAGAUUUCUGCAGUAUAUCUAAUUUUCUAAAUAUGACUGUUGUCUUUGCACUAUUGAGAUUAAUGCAGCUGACGGAAAGUUGACCUAUUAUCUUGUUCCCCUUAGAAUAAACGUCACAGGAUUUG